GAAAAGAGAGAGUAUUAUAAAUGAAGUGGAGCAGAAGAUGAGCUUCUUGUUCUGUACAAGUCAGAGAAAAAGUCAGAAACAGAGAAAGAUCAGAGACUUCAGAGACGACGACGCAAUUCUACGAUUUUCUUCGUUCAAAGAUCUGAUUUUUUCUCGGUCUGGAGAAGGAGAUAAAGCACCGAUCCAUGGCCGAUUGAAUCAAAGUUAAUCUCCGGAGGUUCGGAGUUUUUUUUUAAAGAAAUCGUGAAAAGAUGGCAGUCUCUUUCCCUCGUCUUCCGAGGUGGUUGUGUGGUGGUGGUGGUGGUAACACUAAGAAAGAGUCGAAGGGAUCUCCUCCUUCGCUGAAGAAGACUAUUAAGACUGAGUCUUCUUCUUCUAUGGUGAAGAAGAUCAAGAAAGGAUGGGUUGGAAGAGGAGGAGGGGAGGAGGAGAGGAUGGGGAAUGUGGUGUUCCCUGAACCAGAUGAUCCAGAGUGGUCCAUUGGUUGGGUUGAGCCUCAUGGACCAGGGUUUAAAAGUGAGGAUGAUUCUGGUGGUGGUGGGUUUGUGGUUCUUGUUCCUUGUUACAAGAAAGUUAUGGACGGUUCAGGGAAUCAGAUUCUGAAUGGCUUCUUCUCUCCUGCUCCUGAUGGGAAGAAUAUGGAACAGUGGCUGUCGUCUAUAAGGAAGCUAUAAGCUGGAGGAUUGGGAAAGAUCUAGACUAGUUCUCUCAUGUUCUUUUUUUUUUCAGUAUCAUAAUUAAGAAUCAAAUAAUUUUUUAAAAAAAAACAAGGAAAAAAGGAGGCAAGGUGGUGGAUAGCUUCUAGAGACUUCUCUGUUUUAACGAGUGACAACAAGUCAUCCUCAAGAGUCUACUAAUGGACAAAGAUGAUAGGGUGAUGGAGACUUGGCAACAUAAAAUGAAUGAAGUACUGGUAUGCUAUGAAUAUGAUAUAUUAUAUGAUUUUGGUAUUUGGAUAUUUUUCAUGUUGGGUGUUGUUUGAAGUGAAAGCGUUUUCUGCUUCUUCACUUCUGUGGCCGAGAUUAUUUGUUUCGGACCAACAACAGAAAAAAAAACAAUCCUUUUUUUUUUCUUUUGUUCUUUUGUGGUUGGUGAUGUGUAAUAAUAGUAGUGUACAUGUACAUAAGUUCGGUUUCUCUCUUGAA